GGCCCGGCGCCGCCGCCGCCCGGCCCCGGCCCUGCCGCGCCGGCGCCGUCCCGUUCCUUGCGCGUGAAAAUGGCGAGCGUUACGAGGGAGCAACUCCGGGCUGAAAUCGCCGCCCAGCUGGAGGAUGCCGACCUAAACUCGGUGUCUGCCAAGAAGGUGCGCCAGGCGCUGGAGAAGAAGCUGGACGAGGACCUGACCAGCCGCAAGAAGGAGAUCGACGAGCUUAUCGAUGAGGUGCUGAACGAGAAGGAUAAGGCCAGCGGCGCCGAGGACGACGAUGACGACGAGGACGCUGAGGAGGAAGAGGAGGAGAAGAAGCCAGCUCCCAAGAAGAGGAAGGCGGCGCCCAAGAAGGACGCCAGUGAUAGCGAUGAGGCUAGUGACGAUGACGACGAAGAGGAGUAUGCGCCCAAGAAGAAGCGCGGUGCCCCUAAGAAGCGCACCAAGAAGUCGGACAGCGAGGAGGACGACUGGAAGGCUUCCAAGAAGCCGGCGGCAAAGAAGGGAGGCGGAGCCAAGAAGGCCGGGACCGGGUACACAAAGCAGUGCAAGCUGUCUCCGGCGCUGUCCAAACUGAUGGGCGAAGAGCGUAUGGCGCGCCACGAAGUCAUCAAGAAGAUGUGGUCCAUCAUCAAGGAAAACAACAUGUAUGACCCGAAGAACAAGCAGUACGCUAUAUGUGAUGACGCCAUGUUCUCCGUGAUUGGCGUCAAGCGUUUCCGUACCUUCGGCAUGAUGAAGUACCUGAAGGACCACUUCACCAACGAGUAGGCGCUGCCGCUCGGUCCCAUCCGUCAUCCCGCCUGUCGGGCGUCUCUUCACGUCACCAGAUAGGUUAGAGUGUCAUCUGGAUAUGUUGUCUCCACGUCUGUCGCUCGGUCGAGCGCGCGCGCAGCGGCUCCCCGCCGGGGCUGCGCAGACGGGCAGCGGAGCCACGGCUCCCCACCGGAGCCGCGGCUCCGGAGCAACGCAGACGGGCAGCGACAGUCGUGCCGGGUUUGAGAAAAGCAGUCUUCAUCUGCAAUAUGGUUUCCGAUUUCUUCGUUGCCGUCUCCUGGUGCGUGUUGGCCCGGGGCAGCUGGUGGGCCGUUCGGACGUUUCUGUUCACUGUCCAGUGUCCUGGAAAGCCCGAUAGCAGGGUAGGCGUGGUGAGGGGUGCUCGCGCCGGACAGAGCGGUGCACCGGCUGUGUUCGCUGGCCGUGACAAAAAAUACGCGUUUUGAUUCGUAACUAGUUUUAUUUACUCGUGCUUUCUGAGCUUACGCGGCAUUUCUGAUAGUUGUGCGGUUUUGUUUGCAACGUGCGUUGUCUGUGAACGUCUAAUUGAAUGUCGUCUCUUUCUACAAUACAUGAGCUGGUGGACUACA